AUGUCACUCGAAAAUCGCGACGAGGCCAUUCGAGAGGCCAAGAUCUUCGUUCGCCAAGUCGUGCGAAAUGACUGGGAGUUCGACUCUACUCUAUACGCCGACGGAACACGUCCUCCCCCUCGACCUCCUCGACACUCACGGACGGAACUCUCUGCGAAAACCGUGAAGUCGUGGAAUGGCGAUGCCGAGAAUUCGAUAGCGCAGGCUCGGAACUUGAGCCUCAAUCGGGACCCUGGAAUUGAACGGCGGCGCAGGCGCCGGCGGCAGAUGGAAGACGAGAUGGCGUGGAAUGAGGGGUUGAGAAUGUGGAUGGCCAGACGGGACGCAUGGUCUGGAGCCAGGACACAGCGGCAGAUUCGUGCCAAUGAACAGAAGCGCAAACAUGCUGCUGCUGCUUCACAACAUCAGGCAAACGGGUCGUCUGAUGUGAAGGGCGUGGAUGCUGCAGAAGACGGUGGUGCGGGGAUUCCCCCGCCCACGGACCCUCGGGCCCACAGCGAGAUCGGUGACACCAAUAUGCUUGCGAACAAGACGGAGUCAUGUCUUUCAAUCACAGAGAAGGAGAAGGUUGAAGAGCAACUGCGCCGCCAAGAGCAAGAGGAGGAACAAUCCACUGCGCCAGAUGAGGAGACCAAGCGCAAGGAAUCCACAGAAACCUGCAUCACCGAGCCCGACCAGACUGCAAGCUAUACUCCACUGGCCACAGCAGAUAUUGAUGAUAAGGACUCGGGCGACGAGUCAGACGCUGAAGAAGAGGAAGAACUCGACGAGCCUCUGAUCCCAGUUGCACCUCCGUUUAUCUCCUCCACCAACCCCGUCCGCGCAACGAUCACCCCCUCGAUCUACCCAUCCAUCUACACCAAGGUCGUCGUACAGGGCAUGACCCCUACCAUCCCAGUUAAUCUGGCCGACCUCACAAAGGCAAUGGUUCAAGGAUGGAAGUCAGAUGGACAGUGGCCUCCAAAGCCGGCGGUUUCGUCCAUCGUCCUCCAGGACGAUGCGUCCGUUCCGAAAAAGGCAGCCGAUUCUGCUGCUGCUGAUGGAGCACCCCAGUCAAGACGUAAGAACAGUAUCACCAAUGCCAUGCGCAAGGUCUUCCAUAUGGGAACGCAUCCAUUCCAUCGUCGAGGAUCGACUAGCCAGGAUGCUGGUGCCGGAAGCAGCGCUGCUAAUGGCACCGCUGCUUAA